CUUGUCCAUGUAUGGUUAGUCAACAUAAUACAAGCACAGUUACCUUGACAACAGAUAUUCCUUCUACUCGAGUAUCAAGUACUAUCAUGACAGAAAACUGUGCAAUAGAGAAUAAUAACAACAAUAGCCACCAUAAGAAUGCGAUGACAAAGACAGAACAUGAAGUCAUAUCCAUACAGAAUAGAGUUCCGCUCAAGUCCAUUCGCAUCGAACGAGAUUACUCAUUAGGAGACGGAAUCACACGUUUUUAUACAAACUAUCCUGAGGAUCUACAAGGACGAAUUACUCCAGAGCAGUUCAAACAUACAAUAGAAGAAGUGAAUCGAAUUAUGGAUUAUGCAGAUAGACUAUCAUGGAAAGUCAUACUUGAAAACAUUAUGGAAACACUCACUAUUUAUCUAUGGCCAGUCUUGUUUUCAACUCAUUAUCAAAGAGCCAUUGAUCGACUACAUACAUUCAUUGACUCUGAAAACCAAAAUGUAUACCAUCCACAUAAUUUAUCCAUUUCAGAUCCAGUCAAAUCUGCUUUUCUUUUCAUUGAAAUUAAUUUUUAUGAAUGAGAGAGAUUUGUACGACUUCUCACGUGAUACGAUGACAUGUUUCAAGUUUAUUUUUUUCAUUUCCUUUUUUUUUUCUUCUUUUUUUUUUUU